AUGUCUACACCAAGGCCCUCCAUGAAGCUCCUUGUUGAGUUCGCCGGAGAGAACAAGGAAGAAAGGAGGAGCAGGCAGAUCUGGCCAGGUUUGAUCCCUUCUGGGCCAUGUUACAGUAGUAAAGGAGAGUAUGGUACCUGCACCAGCUUCAGGAGGUGCUAUCCUUAUUUCAAGCUACCGGAAUUGAGCACGUGGGAAACCUGGGUCCUUGGAAUGUAUGACACAUGCACCUACUUCACAUCCUCAGGCAAACAGAUGUUUGGUGUCUGUUGUACUAAUCCAGUGACUGAAAAGCCUCCUCAACCACAACCUCCACAAACACAGCCUACACCACCACAGGAAAUAAGACCUGCACCUGGAAAUCCAGUUCCACCUAAUUGGCCACCACCUGUUCCAACACACCCACCAGAUCACACAAUUCCUCCUUUACCUACCCAUCCACCAACUCCUGGAGUGGUUCAGCCACAGCCUCCACAGCAACCAUGGCCCCCAGCUACUACUACAAGACCAACAACACCUGCUCAACAAUGGCCUCCAACUACAACUCGACCAACGAUUAAACCUCCUCAGUGGCGACCACCCACUGUUGCAACCCCAGCACCUGCCCCUGUCAUCCCAUCUGAAGGUAGCUGUGGAGCUAAAAAUGGUUACCAAGAUCAGGAAAGGAUUGUAGGUGGACAAAAUGCUGACCUCAAUGAAUGGCCUUGGAUUGCUGCCUUAUUUAACAGUGGAAGACAAUUUUGUGGAGGCUCUUUAAUUGAUAACAUUCAUAUUUUAACAGCAGCACAUUGUGUCGCACAUAUGAGUGCUUGGGAUGUUGCGAGAUUAACUGUCAGACUCGGAGACUAUAAUAUUAAAAGUAAUUCUGAAACAAAGCACAUUGAGAAAAGAGUAAAAAGGGUGGUAAGGCACAGAGGAUUUGAUGCACGUACUCUUUAUAAUGAUAUAGCAAUACUUACGCUAGACUCACCAGUUACCUUCUCACAAAAUAUUAGAGCUAUUUGCCUUCCAUCAGGGGGAAGUCUCUAUGCAGGACAAACUGCUACUGUUAUUGGUUGGGGAAGCUUAAGAGAAAGUGGGCCACAACCAGCAAUUUUACAAGAAGUAAGCAUUCCCAUUUGGGCAAAUAAUGAAUGCAGAGCUAAAUAUGGUCCAGCUGCUCCAGGAGGUAUUGUUGAGCACUUCUUAUGUGCCGGGCGGGAUGCUCGUGACUCUUGUAGUGGUGAUAGUGGUGGGCCUUUAAUGAUCAAUGAAGGAAGGUGGACACAGGUUGGAAUCGUCAGCUGGGGUAUAGGUUGCGGUAAAGGACAGUACCCAGGGGUAUAUACUAGAGUUACCCAUUUUUUGCCAUGGAUUGCUAAGAACACAAAGUGA